AUGGCGGAGGAGCGGGAGCCCCGCGGGGCCGGUGCCCGUGCCCUGGAGGACGAGCCCGCCAGCCCGCGCGAGCCGCCGUCGCCGCCGCCGCUGCCGUCGCCCGUGGCGCCCGGGACCCCCGAGACCCCCGAGCCGCCCCAGCCCGAGCCACCGACCGAGGCGUACGCGCGGCAGCUGCUGCUGGAGGAGUGGGGGUCGCCGGGGGUGAGCCUGGAGCUGCCCCCGCGCCUCUCCUGGAAGCUACUGCUGCUGCAGCGGCCGCUCUACCGCAACCUGCUGCGCUCGCCCAACCCCGAAGGCAUCAACAUUUAUGAGCCGGCACCCCCCGUGGGCCCCACCCGGAAGCCCCUGGAGACUCUGGGCAAUUUCCGGGGGUGGCACAUCAGGAUCGAGAACCUCCAGCAGAACCUUAGCUGGACCGUGAAGCAGCAGUGCCUGGACCUGCUGGCCGAGGGCCUGUGGGAGGAGCUGCUGGAUGAUGAGCAGCCGGACAUCACCGUCAUGGACUGGUACGAGGACAGCCACCUCGACGAGAGCGUCUAUGAGCUGCACGUCUGGCUGCUGGCUGCUGACCGCCACACGGUCCUCGCCCAGCAUCAUGUGACGCCCCGCACCUCUGCCAAAGGGCCCCCCGGCCGCUGGAUCCAGGUGUCCCACGUGUUCCGUCACUACGGCUCGGGCGUGCGCUUCGUCCACUUCAUGCACAAGACCAAGAAUCGGAUGGAGCCUGGUGGGCUGCUUCGGACCCGGGUGACGGACUCCUCCGUGUCCGUGCAGCUCCGAGAGUGACAGGCUGGGUCUGCCUGGCUAAUCCCAGCACUCCGACCCUGAGCACCUGACCCUGAGUACCCAAUCCCUAGCACCCCAACCCCUAGCACCCCUAGCACUCCAACCCUACAACCCAACCCUACAACCCACCACCUAGAACCAUAGCCCCCAGCACCCCAACCCUAGCACUCAUAGCACCCCAACUGCAGCAUCCCUAGCACCCCAAUACCUAGCACCCCAACCCCUAGCACCCCUAGCACUCCAACCCUACAAUCCAACCCUACAACCCAAUACCUAGAACCAUAGCCCCUAGCACCCUAACCCUAGUAUCCCUAGCACCCCAACUCCAGCACCUCUAGCACCCAAACUCCUAGCAUCCCCACCCCUAGAACCCUAACUCCUAGCACCCUGACCUCUAGCACCCCAACCCUGAGCACCCCAACCUCUAGAGCCCCCUGACCUGAGUACCCCCAUCCCUAGUACCACUGACCUAAGUACCCCACCCCUAGCACCCCAAUCCCAGGAACCCUGACCCCCUAUACCCUUUUACCCUGAACAUCCCCUACCCAGAGUGCCCUGGCUUCUGGAACCCCCCAAUCCCAGCACCCUGACCUUAAGCACCCCCUGACCCUGAGCACCCCAAUCCUGAAUACCCCUGACUUCAACACUCCUGUCCUCAGGACCCUGACUCCUGACCCUGAGUAUCCCUGGCUCCAAGUACCCCCAACACCCCUUGACCCAGAGUACCCCUUGACCCUGAUCACCCUUGACUCCACAUGCCCCAACCUCAAACAUCCCUUGAUACUUAGCACCCCCGGCCCUUAGCACUUUCUGAUCCUCUUAACAUCUCCCUGGCCCAGUAGCACCUCCCUGUUCCCUCAACCCCUCCUAAAAUCCCCUAACCCCCAGAUCCCUCAGCCCCACCCUGCAACUGGCUUCUCAC